GACAGUGUUUGUUCUCCUGAUCUCACCGCACUGCAACACUCCGUCGCGUCCCAUCCCCCUUCUACUCCAGCAGCCCAACCCAGCAUGGAUCUUCUUCCAAUUGCCCUACUGCAUCAUACGGUCAACUAUCCCUUCUCUGCGCACUCGCCAGUCAUGGACUCUGAAACGCGAGAUCAUGACUUCCCUCAUGCGAACCUUCAUUGCGUCACCGCUGAUGACACGCAUUCGUCCUGUGCGCGCUGAGGACCCGAAGGCAUUCCUGACCAACCCGCCGGCAGAACACAUAGCGUACGCUCGCUAUGAACCAAUUUCCCAGGAGAUGAUAGUCGGAGAGGUGAAGGAGCUGGCAGAGCUGAACGGUGUCAAACCCGUGCCAUUCUGCGGGUACUGGAUCAAGUUCAAAGGCGCGGCUGGCAAACCCAACCAGAAAGCCGGGCCUGACGAGAAAGUCCUCAUGCAUCUACACGGUGGAGGAUACAUCGCUUCCUCGUCAUACCCAGAGGGCGAUGGCUGUGGCAAUUUCUACCAUGACCUGCUUUCUCAAUGCGCCAGCAUGUGGCGUAUCUUCUCCUGCGGAUACCGCCUGUCAUCAUCGGCCCCUUUCCCUGCGUCCAACGCGUUCCCAGCAGCACUGUUUGAUGCGCUCGCAGGCUACUACUACCUCUUGCGUGUAGCUGGCUUCCGCCCCGAGAACGUGUCCAUCAGCGGGGACUCUGCAGGUGGCCACCUCACGCUCGCGCUCACCCGCUACAUCGCCCUCCACCGACCCGCGGGUCUCCCGAUGCCCGGGCAGAUAAUCCUGAUCAGCCCGACAGGCGAGUGGGAACCCACACACGACGGGCCGGACGCGUCGUUCCGCAGGAACGACCCCUCAGACUACUCCACACCAUUCUUUUGGGGCUAUACAAAGCGGAGCUUGCUGGGAAACAUGCCUGACGAGGCCGUUGUGAACAGUCCGUGGAUCUCCCCCGCAUCGCUGCUCCUUUCGGAGAUCAAGGAACUGUUCAAGGGUCUCCCCAGGACCUACUUGACUGUUGGCGAUGCUGAGGUGCUCCUAGAUGUAUGCCAUACGUUGCGCGACCGGUUGAUCGCGGGUAUCGGGGAGGAGAACGUCACUUACGUCGAGGUGGAGGACGCCACGCACGACUUCGUUACUCAAGACUGGCACGAGCCUGAGCGGACCGAUUCGAUGAAGCAUAUCGCCGCAUGGGCGGGGUGGUUGUGACCGCUAGUCGAGGCUCUGCGUUCCUACAUUGUAUACUUACUGUCCUUUAAGUUUGGAUGGUGUACCAACGUAUAAUAAUGUUUGUGUCACCUCGUUGACGCAUUGCCAGAGUGCAAUAGUACUAUACACCGGUCUCUAGCCCUCUCUCCCGGAGACCAGACGCUCGCUUGUCUGUGUGUGUACUAAUGGUAGUUUUACUGGUCUCAGUAUAAUCUCAGUUUCUGGCGGCCCAUUCACGAAAUCAAUGGAUCGUGAGCCAGCAGCUUGAAGCCUCUCUCAUACCAAGUCAUUGAACUUUCAAGACACGUAAGUAUAUACACUCACG